AUGCAGGCCAUCAGUAGGUCGGAUUUAUCCAAGCAUCACGAGGUUGAUGAUCUCUGGGUGUCAAUCCGGGGCAAAGGUUCGCUGACUUCGGGUCACAUGUUAUACAACGUUACCAGCUACGCCGACGAUCAUCCUGGGGGUAUGGAAGUCUUGAAGGACGUCGCUGGAUCUGACGGCACUGAAAGCUUCGAAUAUGUGGGCCAUUCAGAGGACGCAUACAAUACACUUGAAAAGUUCCAAGUUGGAGUGCUC